UAUCCAUCCACAUACAUAUAAGUGUCGUGGAUAAAGAGGGAUCAGGAAUCUUCCCCUGACUUCUUCCAAGAAAACAAUUUUUGAUGUCCAAAAGGCAUGGAAUUAUGCCACAGCAUCCAUCACCCAUUAGAACUCAGCUGGGCACCACAUAAAUGGAAUACUCCAUCUUUAUUCUUUUAGCAACCAGAACAUGAUCUGUCUCUCUUUAUAUAUUGGGCUGAGAUGAAGAAGUGAAAUCUGCAUAUUCAUCACUUGUCUUUUUUUAACACAGCCUGUAAUUUCUUAGAAAUCAAGUAUGUUAGAAGGCAAGGCGGUCAUCGGAGAGACCGAUAUGCUGCAGGCUAUGCAGCAAGAUGCACUUGAUUUGGCAGCUAAGGCGCUCGACUUCUUCGAUGUCACCGAGGCCACCGAAAUAGCUCGAUUCAUCAAGAAGGAAUUUGACAGGAUUUAUGGAUCAGGCUGGCAGUGCAUUGUAGGAACUGAUUUCGGUUCAUUUGUUACACACUGCUAUGGCUGUUUCAUUCAUUUCUGCGUCGGCAGUCUCGCUAUUUUGCUCUUCAGAGGAUCCGCCGGACAAGAAGCUGAGGAAGAAGAUAUCCACCAUUUUCCGGCGUAAACUCGAAGUCAUCGUCGUUAUUAGGCUUGGGGGAAGUCAGCAAUGCCGUGUAAAGCCUGAGCCUGUCUUCCCCGAGCGACGAGCAUCUCGACAAUGGCCGGCGCGGCCUGAUGAAUGACAGCGAUGUUAACGUCAGGCGGU